AUGUCUAAUCCAAGUGUAACUCCCAACAAGAUCAGGAAAGUUGACGCACUUGACGGAGCACAAAACUCCCACACGGAUCAACAUGAAAUUUUAGAAGAAAUCAACACGGUGCAGAAUCAAAUAGAUGCACUAAAUGAGCAGGCAUCCGAGGAGAUUUUGAAGGUUGAACAGAAAUACAACCGACUUCGAAAACCUUACUUUCAGCAGAGAACAGACCUCACAAGACGGAUUCCGCACUUCUGGAUGACGGUUGUAUCCUUUUCUUUUAAUUUGCACUUAAGCUUGUAAGUGAGUGCUUAAUCUGCGCUUUGGCUUGUUACAGGGUAAGUUUGUUUUUUAGCGUCUAGGGGUGAAUUAGGAUGAUUUUUAUUUAAUCUUAUUUAAUAUUAUUGGACUGCACUGUUCUUUUAUGAACAACUGUUUUAUUAGAGAAAAUUGGAACAUUAUUUAAUUUUCCUUUCAUUACAGAUUAAUUUUGGGGAAAGAUCCUUUGUAGUGUUGACUUGCUUACCAGGUGAACAAUACCAUGCUAGUGCGCGGGUCUAGUUAUAUUUGUACUCAUAGAAGUAACGCAACAAGUAGUCUGAUGUUUGAGAGAAGAUAUUUUUGAGUCGAUCACUUACUCAUAUUAUAACUAAGGUACCAAUGGACGCAACAGUCACUUUAAAAAAAUGGUAUGGAAAGGGAGAGAAGUUUUAACCAGUAGGUUAUAAUUUCCAGAGAAAUUUGAUUAUUUUCUCUUCAUAAUCGGUCGGGCCAACCACAUUUUGCAACUGAUGAGCAGUGAGGAAAAAUAACUGCGACCGUUUCCAAAUCUGUAUUAAGUCAUGAUAAUCCAAGUUAAUAUUUCCAGGUAUUAAGUUUUAGAUGUGCGAAAUUAGGUAAAACAAGAAAGUGUUGUGAGCUUUCGGGAGCGAUGUUUUAGCAACAAAACAAAAUGGAGGUGAUCGAUCAACGGUGAUAUAUUACUAGUACCCAGACUUCCUAGUCCACUCGCUUGUGUGUGUAACAGAAGAAAAUUUAUUCAGAGGAAUAAAAAGCACUGAAAAAUGCCUGUAAUAGAAAUCAAAUUAUCACCAAUUGAUAUUAAAUCUGUAGGAGAAUUUCAUUUCUGUCUGUAGUUAACAAUGUUAUUUCUAAGAUAACUUGGGGGGAGGGGGUAUCUUCAUGUACUGCAUCAGUGACCAAGAAACAUUUCAUUUCACAUAUUUUUGCCUGUAGCACCUCCUUGCUUUAACAAAUUGUGGACAAUGUUAUCCAGUUGGUAAUGUUAUCGGGGUUGCCAAGAAAAGGUUAGGGAAUUUGGCAGAGAAAAUUGAUUUGUUAAAGCAGGACAUAUAGAAACCUUAUCAGAGUCAAAUAGAUUUUAUAUAGCAUGGAAUGUGAUUGGUUGACCUUCUGACUAAAUCUCAUUAUACAUGUCAUUGGAACAUUUUCACAAACGCCUUUGCACAUAUAACACCAGAACAGAGAAAGUAACAUGACUGAAUUUCAUUGCUUACAAGUUGUACCUCAUGUAAAAUGACAUGAUUUAUACACCAAAAUAGUUUCUUUCCUUCUUUUUUCUAUAUUAUGGAGCUAUGAGUAUUUUUGCAGUGGAAAAGUAUCAAGGGGUUGAAAGAGUUACUGUUUUUAUUUAAAACUAUUAAAGAAUAAAUAAAUUAUUAUUCUCACUGAAAAGUUUUGGGUAUCUGCUGUGUCUAUAGUAGUCAUUUUUCCUAUAAGAAUCAAGCCAUUGUGCCAUGAAAGUAGAGUUUGCAGUCUAUUAGUGUUAAUUUUUUAAAAAACUUAAACUUCAUUUUGGUUGACACAUUUAUUGUUCAGAUUAGUCUUUUAGUGGCAACUAUGCUAUUACAGUAGAUGUGGUUAUUCACACUAAAUAAAAAGGAAAAUGUGGAAGAUAAAUGCAGCUUCCGAUAAACAUCAAUUUUUGAAUACAGUUUUUAAGAGCUCUUUUAAGAGUAGACAAAAAGAUAUGGAGCUGAUGUUAUGAGAAGUUAACACCAAGGCGAAACAUUAAACUUUUCAUGAGAGGAGCCAAACUGGACUAAUAAAGUUCAUGAAAGUCAAGUUCAGUUAAGUUUUUCUGAAUGAGGUUUCAAUCAACCAAACUGUUCUUUCAGUCUGCUCAGGUGAUGAUGUCUAAUUAGUUUGACGCUUCAUUAGUUCGACGUUUGACCCAACAGACGAACUUAACUUAUUUUAGGUCGAUCCAAAGUACAAUUUGGUUCAUCUCAUGAAUACAGGUAGUUAAACAUUUAGCCUAGGUUAUCUGAAUUCUAAAUUUAAAAACAAAAAAUAGAAGAAUUUCAUUGACUUGACUUUGGUGCACAGUUUAUAAAUCAUCCGCAGCUGCAGGUGUUGAUUGAUGAAGAAGAUGAAGAAGCGUUACAGUACAUGACAUUUCUAGAAGUUGAAGAGUUUGAAGAUAUCAAAUCAGGAUACAGAAUAAAGUUUGUAAGUUCCUUGGUUGUCUCUGUUAGUAAUAAGAGAUUUCAAAAUCACUAGAUGUUAUGAAAAAGUAAGGUUUCCUUUAAAUGAUAAUGUUGUGUAAAUUGUGCAAGUAAUACUUUGUAAAAGAAGGAAGCAGAUAACAUCUUCAGUCAUGUUAACAAGCCAAGUGGUGCUUAUGUCUAAAUGUUAAAUGGCUUUGUGAUUUUGAACUACAUUCAGUCACAAAGACUGUGUAACCCUGUUUAUUAUCAGCACAUUUUCAUUCAAAAAUUACGUGAGUUGAACAAAUUAAUAACUUACAUAAUCAUUUAUGAAAGGUUUUUACCUAAUUGUUUCACUAAGCCUGUAAGUUAAAUACAUAUACUCAAAGAAUGUGGCAGAAAACUUGAUGUUAUAAAGAGAUUCAGAAGAACAGAGUUGCAGUAAAGGACAAAAUAAUGUCAGAUUUGAAUCAAUUGACAGUUUCUUAAAUCAAGAAAUUUCGCCAGUAAAAAAGGAUCACAUGGAUUGUAUGAGGAAAGUAUGAAUUCCAUUGUACAUGUACACUUUUUCAAAAAAUACAUUGUAAGUGACAAAAUGUUGGAAACAGACAAAAACGAGAAAAUGAACACAGUGAUGAUGAUGCAAAGAUGACACGUCUGUAUUCCAUCUCCCCCCUAAAACCAUUAAAAGACCUAAUUUUUCAUAAAUUUUUUUUUGAAGGGCUUCACGGAAAAUCCAUAUUUUACAAAUGAAGUGCUAUACAAGGAAUUUAUUCUCAACGAAAAUGGUGAUCAGUCUUCCUUGGCUACGCCUAUCAAGUGGAAAGGGGGCAUGGUAAGAUGAGAUUUGGCUAAUUACUCAUAAUGUUUUCUGACCUAGAAAUGAUUAUGUCUGUCUGCAUGUCACUCUGUACUUAUCGUAGUGGGAAAAAAAAAGACUGGGUCACUUAAAAUGAAAGGCAAAGUAUUUGCCUUUAUUGCUUUCGUCACUCUAAUAAGGUAAAUUCAAAUUAAAAAAUCUAUCAUUAUCAUGACACAGCAUGAUCAAGUGGUUAGGGCAGUCAUAAACUUGAAGACUGGCAGUUGCAAGUCAGUCCUGCAUGCUAUUACCAUUGCAUUUAGUUAAUUCACAGUAAUGCGGAGUUCAGUUUCAGCCAUGUUCUUAUGUUAAAUAGCCAACUGAGCUUUUUGUACCACAGAAAACAGAUUAAAAUUUGGGAAAGUUGGUCAUCUGUGCCUUGUGCUCAAUGGUGAGAAUUUGGGUUGUCUUGAGUUAAAGCACUUUAUUUAUUAAGCUUUAUUUUGUUAGUGUAGUUUUGUAAAUUUUUCCAUCAAACCUGCAAAACCAUGAACACCAGAAAUAAUUUGGGAAUGUUAUUUUGUUGCAAGAAACAAGCCAAUUGGGCGUAAGAAACUAAAGCGUAAGUAAGAAAGGUAAUUAGUUUGCAGUUUUGUGGCUUUUUUGCAUGUCCUGAUGUUUGCUGUGAUUGGUCUUAACACAAUAAACAUUCCUGAAAUAUUUCAAGUGUUCAUGGUUUUGCUGGUUUAAUUGUAAAGUAGCAGGGGCGGAUCUAGGGGGAGGGUGCAGGGGUGCCCCCCCCCCCGAGAUGACCUGUGGUUUUCUAAUACAACUGGUAUUCUGCAAAAAAAAAACUAUGUGGUUUAUUGGUGUUGAAGUAGAGCAAGAGAUGAGUGCACCCCCUCCUAAAAAAAAAUCCUGGAUCCGCCCCUGAGUAGGCAUAUCAUAAAAUGUACUUUCCAUUGGGAAAUCUGGAUUUGGAUUUUCCUCAGAACAGAUUUCAGUUUUCCAACCAAAACACAAAAUUCGAAAACAGAUUUUAGUGCAUUGAAGUGGUUCAGUUGCUUUCACCUUAUUAUUAAUUUGUUUGCUAUGUUUCUAUACAGGACCUAACUCAGCGGUACAGUCAGCAAAACAUGUUAAAGGGAAGAAAACGAGGUCAUCAAGAGCCACAAAGCUUCUUCUGCUGGUUUACAGAGCAGGAGGCUGGGGAUGAGUUGGGAGAAGUUAUAAAAGAUGACAUUUGGCCAAACCCUAUCCAGUAUUUUUUGGUAGGGUUUGUUUUGUUAUUAGUAAGCUCUGGUAUUAAAAUCAGUCACAACAUUGUUGACACCAAGUGAUUCAUUUUGUCAACUUUGUGAAACAUUGCCAACCAGGUGUACAUGUAUCAAUAAUUAUUCCACCUUUCCUUUGUGGUGAAAACAUGAUAAUCUAUUCACAUUUGUCAAGAGAAUGUUGUGGCUGUCUCAUCCAGCCCUGUCUCAAAAUCUUUCAAAAAAUGUUGAGAUCCUGACAAAUAAUGCUCAGAUCAUAAUUAACAGACUUGGGCCGUAUCAUUCAUCAUUUGGUUUUAAGUUUUGAGCCAGAGUUUAUGGUGGUUUAAAUAAGACUAGACAAAGAAAUACUGGCCAGUUAAAUUUUUUAAAAUUUUUUUUUUAUUAUUAUUUGCCUGUCAGGCAACAGUCACUUUGAUGUUGAUGUGAUGUUUUCUCUUCUAACUAUUGGUGUUCAUUUAGGGACUCAAUGAUUUUGUUACCUCUGCGUCCUGCAUCCCUGACGUAUAAAGAUUCCCAAAGAUGCAAAAUAACUUAUAACAUGUGUCCCAUAGGACGCAAAGAAUGAUCGACUGAUUUAAAGAUUUUUUUGGCACAUUAUAUCCUGUUCAUGUGUUUUCUUCGAUCAGUAAUCUGUAAAUAAAGAGUUUUAGUGUCUGUCUCCAGAUUAACUGUCUGGUUACAGAGAGGCCCAAGCAUUUUCAAUUUAGGACUCCCUGUUUUUUGAACUGGAACUCAUUGGUUAUGGCCAGGGACUCAUGAUUUUUAACUAUUUGUAACAAAAUCACUGGUGGCUACUUUAAGAUGAGUGAGGAAUGAACUCAUCGGACACAAAUCAUAAUGAAUAACAUCUUUCACUAUCAAAACUGCUUUUUAGGGUCAUUCAACAAGUGUACUUCAGGAAGAUAAUGAAGAAGAUGAAGAAGAUGUUGAUGAAGAUGAAUCUGAGGAUCAGGUGGGUCUGUACACUUAAAGGUUUUCUUGUGGUCUGGAUUCAAGGCACUGCCUGCCCCCAACCCCCAGCAAUACACCUUAUAAAUCCUUGAAAAUAUUUUGCUGUUUCUGAUUGGCUCCAAUCCCCUAAAUUAAUUCUUCAUAACCAGCUGGUGCUUACCAUAUUUGGAAAAUGUAGGCAAUGACCCUUGACCAUUUGAUGGUACCUGUUUAAUAUUGUUAGCAGCCUUGUUUCAAGGGGUCACUUUAAUAAAACUUAAAAUGUGUAGCUGUUGUUUUCAGACCCUAUAACAAUGUAAACAACACCUGUGAAAGUUUUAUUAAAUUGACCCCAGGCAAUAACUGCUUCAGUUGUGCAAGGGUUCAGAUCAUAGUAGUCUAAACUAAAGAAAAAUGGCCUUCAUGGCUAUUCAAAGACAAAAUAGCCUUAUUUCUAACUAAAACUGGAUGGAAGAAAUAUGAUAACAUGCAAAAAAAUAAAUUGCUUGAUUGGUGUUAUCUAUCUACUUUUUGAGGCAUUUCAUUAUGCAUAAUUCAAUAUGCAUCCUUUUCAAUGUGCAUAAUUCUUCAAAUAAAUUAUACUCAGCCUCAGUGGUGGCAAAUUUAGUGUCUGUUCUUUUCUCUUCACGAAAAUUGGCUCCCAUUGUCUCAUUUUGAAAGGAAAAACUGUUCUUUGAAUUCUGUGAAUAUAAUUGCAGUAAAGAGGGCUGAUUUUUUUAUAUAAUAUAGAAGAAAAGCUCAUAUUGCCACCAUUUUGGAAUCUACAGACAAACAAAAGAUAUUCCACUCAUAAGUUCCCUCCCCCACCCUUGCUUAUAAGCAUACCCCACCCCCCCCCCCCCCCCGUAUACACUCCAGACAUGAUCCCUUCUCUUACACUUUUGUAGGGAAUUCAUUAUCACAGAGCAAGUAAAAUGUGGAGCAGUGUCAGUUUUUGUGUCAGUUAGUGCUUCAAGUUAUGGCUAGAUUUAAACAUUGUAUUGUAAGAAGUUACACUAUUAGCUCAUUUUGAUGUUCAUAUGACGUUUCAAAAUUCAAACCAGUAGAGGGGAAAAAGGCUGUCUCUCCAUGUCCCCCCCCCCCCCCCACCUCUGUACUGUUUAAUCAUGGUGGGUGCCUGUCUUCCACGCGGUGUGAAGGGUAAUGGCUGGGUCACCAGAAUUUACUAGUCCUAGGAGCUCUCUCAUCUAGAAGCUGGCUGCCAAUAUUGGAAGCUCUCGUAAAUUGUAAAAAAAGAAAUGUUAAUUGUAAUUUGUUUACCCACGAAACACUUAAAACUCGUUUAAACGUGCUCGUGCGUGGAAUUAUUGGUUAGAAGAAAACUGGAGUACCCGGAGAAAAACCUCCCGGAGCAAGGGAGAGAGUAAACAACAAAAUCAACCCAGAUAUAGCGUCGACGCCGUGAUUUGAACCCGAAUCAGUCACCACUGUGCCACCCUACCCUGAAUCCCCUUGGUUGUCUCCUGUUAGUGGGUUCUGGUGACAUACAUAUCCCGCCGGGCCGGGAAUGACUCUGUGAUGGAUCAGCAUUACUGAGACCUUUAAAUUGGAGGGCAAGAACGAUUAAGAGGACGAGAUUUAAACUUAGUGUUUCGCCCAGAGACGAAUCCAGGGGAGGGCCUCCCCCAUUUUUAGACCAAACUGACGAAAACUUUGAGACCGCCCCAGGGUCUGGAUGACCGCGUCCCCCGCCCCCUUAUCUGAGGGUCUGGGUCCGCCACUGUCGCCUAUUCGAAAAACAAUUCGACACCCCUCAAAGCUUCAUUGUACUUUUUUAUUUUUUAUUGAAGGAGGUUAAGCCUUCUCCCGAGCGCCAAAUGAUUAAACUUCUAACAUUAGAUAACUUGUUUCUGCUACUACGACAUUCUCUCUAAAACCCGCGGUAGAGUGGCGACGAUUAUCACGUUUUCCCGCCAAAAUAACGCUCGUUCACGCGCGUGUACUGCUACUUAGUAAUGAGAAAAUCUUGUACUCGUGGUCGUCCUCGUCUCAGAAUCUAAAGGUCUCUUGGGUAGCUAAGAAGAAGUUGCAAUAUUCAAAAUUGCUCUCUGCUGCAGAACUGGGUUAGUCUGAGUAUGCCUGACUUUUGUGGCUACAUUAGUACUUAGGAUAACAGUGAAAAGAGAAAAUCUUUUUUGAUGGCAUUACUGCCAUCUUUGAAAACAACUGACCGACAUUGUCUGCAUCAACCAUCAGGAUGAUGUGGUGGUAGUAGAUGAAGGUGAAGAGGAUGAUGAGGGGGACGAAGAAGAAGGAGUUGAGGAUGACGAAGAGGACGAGGAAGAGGAGGAGGAAGAAGAAGAAGUGGUGGUAGAAGAAGGAGAGGAAGAAGAUUUGGCAGAGGGAGAUGAGGGGGAAACACCAGUCGUGUAUGAAAUGGAUGAAGAAGACGAGGAACCAGAGGAUGGUGAUGAUGAAGAAGGGGAACCAGGGGUAAGAGUGGGGCAUGAACAUUGUAAAGCCCCGUGCAAACGGACGCAACAUUGUUGGAUGGUACAUGUUGCGCCCGUUGGCACUCCAGUUGCAUUUUGUGGCAUGUUAAUGCGUGUUUUUGGGAGUUGUUGCACAAAGUUUGAAACCGGUCAAACUUUUUAGCCAACAAUUCCCAACAUUUCUUUUGUUCCUUGAUCGCCGAAGCGUAGCGCAACAAUGUUGGGACUGUUCGUACAGCUCUUCCGACAUUGUUAGGGCCACGCACAUCCAUUCUACAUUGUCUCCAAAAUCUUAUCAGUUGUAUCCUUCCCACGAUGCACUGCAAAUCCCAACAUUGUUAGGGAGUUGUGGGCCAACAACGUUGCGUCUGAGCGUUUGCACGGGGCUUAAGAAACAAAAUAUUGUGAUACUGAGCUAUCAAGCCAACUAGCAGUUUGGACGGCUCGUAAUAUACCCGUAGAAGGUGAAGUUAUGAAAGUAACUAUGUGAAAUUUGAUGCAUUCAAACUGCCUGAGAUUGACAUAACACGUAAAAGACUUCGAAGGACUUUGUGAAAGGCUAAAUUCUGUCCGGCUGCUAAUAAAAAUCAACCCUUUCAAUCUCUUUUAACCAGGUUAGGUUUUGAAAAACAUUUAAUUUUCGGGGCUAACUCGCAGGGAGUUAAAUUCAUUGUGGGCGAACUCAAUUUCUUACGUGGCUUACUAGUAGAGGGCUUACUCACUAAGGUCUCUAACCAACCCUCACGCGCCCCCGACGGUGGCCAAUCAGUUUACGGUCGUUUCGCCUACUUCCUGUUCGCCAAUGUCGUAAUCGUUUCGCUAACGUGUUAUCUACCUUAUUAUCUCAGUUGAUAUAACCAAAUCUUUUCGCUUCUCUCCUCCUCCGACGCAACUGCAUAUUUUCUUUAGAAACUAACCCUCUCAGUCCUUUAUUCUAGCCAACGUUAGCGCUGCUCCGUUCGUAUGCAAUUGUGUAAACUAAAGUAUUUUUCAAAUGAAGAGAAGUUCAUGAAAAGCACGUGCAGUUCUAAUUUAGAAUAAAAGACAUUGGAAAGUGAGGCUUACAUGGCGCACUACCCAAACUUGAAUAUUAUGGUAUUUUUGAGGGAGACACGAGAGCGCUGACCCAUCGAUGGCGCUUAUCUAGCUUCGGUGGUUCCCAUCUAGUACUUUUAUUAUCUAUUAUUAUACAUUGUACUCACUCUCUGUCUUCUCAUUGGCUAAGAGCCUAUGUUUAAUUUUGGAAAUCAGUGCAACCUACAGAUUAGGUAGUUAUCUGCUAGCAGAUUUGCGUCUGAUCCGUAGGUUGCGUGCGCGAUACAUGAUUUCCAAGAGCAAUGUCAAACUGUGUUCCAUGCGAUGCUGUGUUUGUUUUUAUUUUCUUCAAAACAAUACAUGAUAAAACAAUUUUUAGACUCGGUUUUUGUGAUAUCCGGAAUAAUCAAGGUUUUGGUAAGUGUUAUCAGCCUCGGCCUUCGGGUCGGGCUCGGCUGAUAACGCGGGCUCGACCUUGAUUAUUCCGGAUAUCACAAAAAACGAGUCUAAUAAUUGUUCAUUGUUGAGCUAGCCUGAUCCAGGCGUUCAGAUAGUAGAACGCGGCGGUCAGUGGGGAGCGAGUUAAAUUGUACACCGGGAAAACGGGGGGCGGACAGGGAGGGGCGAGCGUCGUGAAUUUUUCUCCCGCGCUCUACUAUCUGAACGCCUGGAACAGGCUGUUGUUGAGCGAGAUUCGAAUUUAGCAACUACAACAUCUUGUGUUUUUCAAGGAGGAAGUUCUUCUGGAGGGCGAGGAAGAGGAUGACGAAGAAGAUGAAGGAGUUGAACAGGAGGACGACGAAGAAGACGAGGGAGACGAAGGCGAUGAGGUUGAACCGGAAGAAGGAGACACACCAGCGAAUUAAAACAAAAGCAUUUUUAGAUUUCUGUAUUUAAUAUAUCUUAUAGGAAGCUCGUCGCUUUCGCUCACUGUCCAAUCAUCUUCACCCUUUUUGCUAGCGCUUAUUGGCUAGUGCUGGUUCUUUUGAUUUGCUUUGGUUUGUUUCCAAGGUAACGUGCCACUCUAUUUUAUAAAAAUCCUAUUUUUAUACAGGCUUAGCAAGUCAUUUGACUUUGCGUGACUUCUCUUGCGUGACCUUAGUGCUGUGACCUUAGUGUCUAUGGUCAUGCAAAAGUAUUCAUGAAAGACCGAGUCACUGAAACAGUAUUUCUGUGAUUUCCAAACAUAAAAACUGGCCUAAAUUCCGUCUUGUUGUAGCCACACACAUUUCUGUUUCGCAAACAUUUGACCGCUGUCCCAUAGUAUUACGUGUAGACUGGAGAGGCGUCAUCAGCCAAAAAGGGAGCCCCGUGGUAGCCCAAGGUUUUGCAGACAGGCUUGGACAGACCCUGAAAAUUUAAGGCAUGAAUUCCUUCAGGGAAUCUUGUUUUUAAGUAAGUGUUCGCUUUAUCAUCUUUUGGAUACUUUUUGUAAUUAGUUAGAGUCACGUUAUGUGCCUGUUGAAGUAAAAUACAGUUAAGCGCUCAUUACAUGUACAAAGGACGUCUCAAGCCUCCCAACUUGCAAGAAAACUCCAUUUGACAAUUGCGAGGGACUUUAUGUCACGCGCGGGGUGGGACACGCGUCUUACUCGCGCGUGCCCUUCUACUAUUGCGAUUUUCAAAACGCAGGUUAACAAGGUACAACCAUGACGCGUAUCGUCUAAAUCAAACUUGCGAUUGUCGUCGGUUUGUUUUACAGGGUACUAUUCGGGUUAUAGGUUUAUCGUAAGCACAACGCAUGGCACAGAGUACGUAUUGACUGUAAUCUGUGUGCUAAUUAUCGAGGAGGUGAACUGGUAGAGGCGUAUGUCUUUGGUAACAGUAGCCUGUUCCAGGCGUUCACAUAAGGAGGGGGUGGGGGAGAGCCGGAACGUCGCGAAUAUAGAACUAUACGCCUGAAACAGGUUGUAUUUACAAGUGUGUUUCUUUCUCACUUCUAAGUUGGAAAAUGAAAUUUUAAAAUGGCUGCAGUUUCUUUUCCUUGUUUGUCUUUUUGUUGUUGUUUUUAUUGCUCUUAGAUUUUUCAGAAUUUUUUCGGACAUUUUGGGCUGUUUUCCUGAGUGUUAAGAGAUUAACAGUGUAAUUUAAAAUCCGUGCAAGGUGUGUAGAUUGUACAAAAUAAAUUGUGCGGAAGCUCGUUUUAAUUCUCUUCCGAGUGAGUACUUGUUCCUCCACACUGUCCUCUGCCUUUCUUAGUGAUCAUUUGCUUUAUUCUCAUGAAUUUUAUAUUUGAUUAGCGGUUCUACUGUAGGAAGAAAUUCUAUUCUGGUCAUUGUUAGGCCUUAAAGAGUCCAUCCUGUAAAAUUGUAUCUAAUCACUGUAUUAUAUCUAGUUCACCUCUGUAAGACUUAUGCCUUGUGUUCACCAGCAACAUAACCGCAAGUGUAAGCAUAAGAGUCUGGCGUCUAGGGAAAUAGCGUACUGACGCAAACGCGACAAAGAAAAGACAAGGACAAAUUUCGUCCUUUUGCUGGAAUUUAUGCUUGCUUCUGGGCAGUGUUCACAGCGAAGUAAGGAUUUUUUGAGCUUGCCUUUGCGUCGCAAGUCCAGACUCGUACCCAGUGGUCACAUUUAUUUUCUCAAUGGAAGAUGGAAAAGAAAAUUGACGCGCACAAAGGCUUCCUUCCUUCCCUUGACUCAUCGCGAUCUCACUAAAUCCUUUCCAUUAAUAACAGCGCGAAUACUGUUCCGAGUUUAUCGCUAGUCAACUCGGAUGGCAUUAUAAUAAGUCCUGAUUUCAAUGAUGUAAUUCUCGUGUACUUUCAGUGUGAGCUGCUGGUAUUUCAGUCUACUGCUUUUGUUGUCGCCAGUGUAAAUGGUAUCAUUCAAGCAUCACAUGAUUGUUCUAACUUAUUGUAUACCACAAAGUGAUUUAAAUAAAUAAGUAAA